AGGACACAGCAGGCGUCGCAGCGUUGAGUCGAGCAUCGAACGCCGAACGCGGAACCCGGAACGUUCAGAAGCGAGUGUGACGGUAGUGAGCUUGUGUCAGUUAUCGCGUAGCCGCCGUGUGUGACGGACAGAUGCCGACGCCAGAGUCCUGAGCCAGGGCGGGGAUUUAAACAUUUCGCAUGCCAAGUGCAUUCAAUUAACAUAAAAUGUAAUUAGAGAAGCUCAAUCCUCAAUCCAAUGCGCCCUCGUACUAUUAAUUAUAAUUAAAUGCAAACAAACGGAAAGUGAGCAGCGGCGACAAAGAGAGUCGCGAAUAAUUCAUGGAAUUUAAUAUUGCCGUGCAUAGUGCAACUCAAAUAUAAUCAAGUAGAACGGAAAUUGUCGCAAAUUAAAAUUCCACUCCCACCACCACUCCCAAGUGGCAACAUGAAAAAGUACAAGUGUGCAUUCUAAGAAUAACAAACAACUCGAGUGAGAUAAAAACAGCAGCGACUGUUACUGCGAAUGCGACUGCGACUACGAUAUAAAGUGCCAGCGUAAACACAGCCAACGAAAGCGUAAACAAACAGACGGAUAAAGAAAGCACCGGAGCAACCCAAAUCGGCGAACAAACAUCGGUGUCCUUUACCAAAUCUGUAUCAGUGUGGUGGCUGUGUUAUUCUGUGUGUGUGUGUUUGUUUGUGUGUUAGCCAAAGGCAAACGCAGUUGCAAAAAAAUGUGCAAGUAAUGUGCAGCCAGUAAAGUGCAAUGCCAUCCGUAAAAUCCGCCGAAAGUGAGAUUCUUCUUGGGAUUAUUAGGAGCGACAGAAACUUCCGCAGCAACAUGACAAACGGCAAUUCCUUGAGGUCCUGCCUCCUGCUGCUGUGCACCAUCCUAGGAUUAUUUUACCCCCGGACCCAUGCUUUGCCCUUUGAGUAUCUAGACGAGCAUGAUGACUUCAACUAUGACCUGGACACGGCUCAAUCGCAGGCGAAGUACGACGCCCGCCUCCUCUCCCAGCAGAUGCUCAGCGAAGCGGAGCUGCAGCGGCAGAGAGCGGAGACCGGACACGAUGACGGCUUGGAUACCGAUUCGACACGGGCUCAGGGGAUUCCAUCGGCUAGUGGCACGGAUCCAGCCGGCUCAGCGGAGGAGGAGGAGCUGGAGCCUCACAGUCGAGCAGCCGCUUGCUUCACCAACGGCCACAAGUACACGCACGGACAGAAGGUGCCCCGGCUGGAUGCCUGCGAAGUGUGCCUGUGCAUGGACGGCGAGAUAUUUUGCUGGUGGGAGAAGUGCGAUAAGGCCAAUGUAAACAGGGCGAAGGCGGCAGCCGCACCGGAGACAGUCGAGAUGUCAGAAAGCCACAGCGACAGGAACAGCAACCGCGAUGGAGACAGCAAAGAAGCUGGGUAUGGCGACGGCGUUGGCGUUGGCGUUGGCGACGGUGAAGGCGAAGGCGACUAUUCAGAUCCAUAUCGGCAAGAUAGCACAACGGGAAAGUCAACAAAAGUGCAUAAAACGGCUAGGAAAGUUGGCAAGCGGCAUAAGCAUCGCAAGAAUCAAAAGAAUUUUAAUGACUACGAAGUUUACCACAGCCACAGGCAGAAGCCGAAGCAGGAGCAGCAGCAGCGGCAGCAGAAGCAGAAUAUGCCAGAUUAUAAAAAGUCUGGCAUAAAGCAACAGCUCCCGCAUCAGCAAAAGCAGAAACAAAAGCAUCAGAGCGACGAUGGUGGCAACUACAAUAUAAUCAAGCAACACAAACACGAGCAGCAGCAGCUACAGCAACAGCAGCAGCAGAAACCAAAGUUGGCUGAAAAACAGCAGCCGAAUGCGGAGGCUCUGGCUGUUAAUCAGGCCGCAAAGGCAACGCAUUAUCAGCAGCCAGUGGUGGCCACACCCCCACAUUCCGAACAGCAACAUCAUCCGCACCAGCAACCGCAUUCGUCCAGCAAAAUCUUAAAUUUUCCCGAAAACUUGCCGGCCGUGCUUUAUUACGAUUACAAGACCGAAGAGCAUGAGCACCAUCAACACCAGCACCAUCAGCAGCAUUUGCUUCACGAAAAGCAACGACUGCAACACCAAAUGCAGCAACAGCAACAGGAGCAGGAGCAGAAAGAGGCGUUGUCGCGACAAAAGGCAGCUGAAUCAGGAGCAGCAGGAGCUGGAAAUCAAGCAGAUGCAGGCGUUGAACUCACUGCCGACGUGACUGCUGAUAAAAACUUUGAUGAGGCGGAAACCGACAGCGAUAUUUUGCCAGAGCCACCAACAAAGCGACCAAAGGGAGGACCCACACAAUGGCCGGCCAGUGGCAGCACAACCACCACCAAGGCGUUGAUGACAACCCAGUCAGGCGUUCCCUCCGAACUAGCAGCCAUAGCAGUAGCAGCAGCAGCAGCACCAGCAACAUCAUCUGUGACACCGGCAACAACUACAACGACGACAAAAACAAAUGAAAUGGUGACAACCACGCUGUCUGGCCUGGAGAAAGCCAUGGCCACAGUCUCAGUCCCGAAUUCCGGACAGCUGCAACAUGAUCGCAGUGGACAUGACCCCGAGGAGCUGGAUGACGCCUUCCACCGGUGGCUGACAUCUACGGAGCUAAAUGGCGACAACACAAACCCGCUUGACGAUAACUUGGAGCAGGAAACGCCAACAUCGACAAUAAUCGAUGAUGUGGGCAUCAUCAACAAAAGUGACAGGAGCAACAGCAACAGCAGCAUCAACAACAGCAAUGCUCCCAAAGACAAUGGCAACGGGAAUGGAAUUGCCGAUGCUGUCUUCUUUCGCAGCUCGUACAACGAUUACAGCAGUGAAUUCAAUGGGAGCGUUGUCAAUAUUGACAUUACACUAACUGCAGUUGAUGUGCAUCCCCGUCGCCAAACGGAUUUAAUUGCAAAUGGCAACAGAACGUCAAGUGAGAACGGCAACAGCGAUAGAGCAGCGGGAGCAACAACAAUGGACCCGCAGGCUGGAAGCAGUAGCAGCAGCAGCAUCAGCAGAGCCAGAAGCGGUAGCAAUCAGGACAACACUCAGCACAGCUCGAUUGUCCUUCCAUAUACCAUGACAACAAUUAUAACAACCACGCCGAUGGCACCGGGGCGUAUGUGCAAUGUUUUGGGGAAACUGUAUAAAAUUGGCGACAUUCUGCCACAGGAUACGGGCAACUGUCUGCAGUGCAUCUGCACAGAUGCCGUGACCCCGGACGAGAUGCCGAGCGUCACCUGCAGUCCGCACAACUGUCCGCCCCUCGUCCUCCCGGACUUGUUCGACGCGACCGGUUACUGAGGUUACGGGCUAGUGCUGUAAGGUGCGCCGGAGGAGUAGGAGGAGCAGCUGUUGGAAUUUCUCAAUAGAUUAAAUCUUGAUUUAAACAGGAAACCGAAGCCACUAACUGCAGCAUGUCAUCGAGGGCGCAAUCGUAACGAAUCGCAUCGAGUCGAAUCGAAUAAAUGUGACAGACACUCCCCAAAGUCAGCACCCACUUUCAUAUUGCAUGUUCAGACGUCUCAACUAACUCAACUAAGCAUAAAUUGUAUGGAUUUCAGUGUAAAGCCCUCCCUAUCACGAGUGUCCUGAGCACUCUUUAAACGAAUACCUAUCAGCCAGCAUACAUAUAUAUAUACUAUAUUCGUGUAAAACUCUAUAUAUAUAUAUUGAUCUAAACAGACCAGAGGAGAGACGAUGUGUGAGAAUAAUGAGGCACAGUCUAGAUUUAAGCCGAGUGUUUUUGCAUUUUAUAAGAAAGCGAAGCAAAUCUCUCCCCAAUGUAGUUUAUCGGAUAUAUCAGACAACCAGACAGAACCCAUUGAAUGUAUACAGCAGUAGAACUUUUAAAGAAUUUAUAGAUGUACCGCAACAGAAACAUAUAUAUACAAAACCCUAUAUAUAUAUCUAUAUCUAUAUAUUAUCUAUACGUAUUCGAAUUCAGUUCAAAUACUUCAAACCUUAUUUCCCGACUGACAAUGAGACAAAGGCGCGAAAUGUUUUGAAUUCAAAAAGCGGGAGACACCCGAUCACAGAAAAUUAAUUAUACAAGUAUAGGAAACUAAAUCUAUAACGAAAAAAACUGAACAAUGACAAAUAAUGAAUAAACGUGUUAAUAUUUAAUUUUUAUACUAAAGUCAGACACGGUUCUGUUUAUCAUUUGUGCUUCAUUUUAAAGAAUUAUAAUACGUAAAGUACGGACGUGUUGAUUGUACAUGAAGAUAAUUGAUCGAAGCUGAAUCUAGCAAAGGAAGACACCAUAUCGUGUAGUAAUAACAAAUAAAAGGUAAAUUCUUAGAAACUAUCGUAUCGAUUCAGUGAUUUCUAAAUUUGCAACUAUGCAGUUUCAAUUUUGUUUAAUUUAUUUCUAAAGAAUUUUAGGCGUGAUAAACAUUGAUUCAUUCGAGACGAGUUAUAUUAAGUGAGAAUAUAUAAUAUGUAUGUACUUGAAAAGUAGGAAAGAAUUUCGAUUAUAAGGGCGAGUAAUGAACAAAAAAAAAUAAAUACAAAUGAGUUUUUAUACAAACCGUAGGCAAUGUCGAUCAAAACUAUAUAUGGACAUAUGGAACUAUAGAAUCAAAAUGCAAAAUAUACGUACGUACACACAUAUUUACUUGAAAUACUCGACCAUACACACCGGAUGCGACCGUAAAUAUUUAUUAUUGAUGUUCCGCAAGAGAAACGCAAACUCAAAACACAAAUACAAAUAUAAACACAACUAAAAAUACAAAUGAAAUCGAAUUGGAACAAAUGGAAUCGAAUUAAAAAUGUAUACAGAACUAUAAAAUGCGUAAUAUAUACAUAUGUGUGUAAAAUAAAUAUAACUACAACUCUCAAGUAAUCUACACAUUAACACACUGCGUUUCAAUGGCGUUUGUUUAAAAGAACGAUUUAAUUCAAAUUGAAAUAAAUAAACCGAAACCCAGAUAAGUAAACUAAA